UACAGAAAACAAAAACUGCUAACCAUGUCUAUAAUGAUGUCUUCUCCAAGUGAGAUGUCCUGUAACAAAAUUCAACCUAAAGCAAAUGAAGAGAGUGAUACAAAUGUCCAGUCAGAUGGUGACCAAUCCGGGAACUCUGGGUUCUGCGGAUACCUCCUUUCUUUCUUUUCCUUCCUCCUUGUCGUUCUUACUUUUCCUGUCUCUGUGUGGUUUUGUAUGAAGAUUGUCCAGGAAUAUGAAAGAGCAGUUAUUUUCCGCUUGGGACGACUCAUUGGCGGUGCUAAAGGACCUGGUUUGUUCUGGAUUAUUCCAUGUGUGGAUACAUUUCGGAAGGUUGACUUGAGGACAGUGUCUUUUGAAAUCCCUCCUCAAGAGGUGCUGACCAAAGACUCUGUGACUAUCAUGGUGGAUGCGGUGGUCUACUAUCGUAUCUUUAACCCAACUGUCUCCAUUACCAAAGUGGAGAAUGCUAAUCAAGCCACGCAGAUGAUUGCACAGACUACUUUACGAAACAUGCUGGGAACUAAGAGCUUGACAGACAUCUUAAAAGACCGCGAGGAUAUGUCAGAACAGAUGGAGGCUGUGCUGUAUGCUGCAUCCAAGAACUGGGGUAUCAAAGUGGAACGGGUCGAGCUUAAAGACGUCAAACUGCCCACCUCUUUGCAGAGAGCCAUGGCAGCUGAAGCAGAGGCCACCAGAGAUGCCCGGGCCAAGGUGAUCGCAGCAGACGGAGAAAUGAAAGCCUCGCGUGCUCUGAAGGAGGCGGCGGACGUGAUGUCAGAGUCUCCGGCUGCACUUCAGCUGCGCUACAUGCAGACACUGACUGAGAUCGCCACGGAAAAGAACUCCACUAUUGUCUUUCCUUUUCCUAUAGACCUCAUCUCUAAUUUCAUGAGAAGAUGACCGGAUUAUAUCAAUAAAUAUAUCUCUAUACAGACAUCUCUUAAAGCCCUCAUUGCUCUAGAGGAAAACAUUCUGUUUAUAUAGUUGAUGAUUUGAACUUUAAAUAUUUCAUGUGUCCUAUACUCUCUAAUAAAAAUGUUAUUGUUCAAAAUGUUCUUUUGUAUUACAUUAUUAUCAAAUAUUAUAACUAGUUAUUCUCUCGUACAGUAGCUUCUUUCAUUAUUUUAUAUGUAUUAAAGUAAUCUUCUAAGAAAAAAUCUCAUUGGAUAUGCCUGUAGCCUGUUAAUCUUAAAGACAUAAGUACACGCAUAAACAGUGAAGAAGAAGUUUAUUCAAGUGUGCCAUUAGUAUACUUCUUUUAA